UGGGCCCAAUUCACCCGGCAAGAGAAAUUCACCGACUGCCCUGGGGCCCUUUGAGCUCAAAGUUUUUCUAUAUCCCAAAAACGAAAGUUGUGUAACUACCGGUGAGCGAUAUAAGAAAGCAAAUCCUGCUGAAACAAAAGAUGUGAACGAGGCAGAAGAGUGAAAUGGCAAUGAUCUUUCUUUUUGGAUUAGUUCUGACGUCAGGAUCAAGUAGAAGCCAAGAUUUGACGUCAGAUGAUUAUGAUUAUGCCAAUAUCACGUCGAACGAUACGUCUCAGGGUGCUGGGCAAAUUAUGUUUUGGAACGAGACGAGUUUCAACGACACGGCCCUGCUCGACAUCCCUCUCCAGAGCGAAUCGCCCGGCUUUUGGGAAGCUUACGAAUCGCAGAACGGCACCGUCCUGGAAAGCAUCUCAUUCCACCCCAACCCUGUGACCUACGGCCUCCUGGACGGAGAAACGGCCGUCACCCCGUAUAUGGGCGAGGAAGACGCCGUGUCGAAGCCGGUUGGAGAUCUCUGGCCGGUGAAAUUGGCGGCCGAAGUCCCAGGGGACUUGAUCCUCGGGGGGCUGAUGAUGGUACACGAACGCGAGGACACGAUAACGUGCGGGCCGGUCAUGCCACAGGGCGGAAUACAGGCUGUGGAAAUUAUGCUAUAUACCCUGGAUAUAAUAAACGAAAGGCUAGGUCAUUACACCCUCGGCGCACAUAUCCUCGACGACUGCGACAAAGACACCUACGGACUCGAAAUGGCUGUCGACUUCAUCAAAGCUAAAUUUGGUUUCACGAUUUCUUUUAUACACCGUUAUUACCGAAAGGGUGAAGUGCCACUUUCUUCAAGAUUAUUUGGACUCGGCUCCACUGAUAGCACAAAACGAAUUUAGAGCAUUUGCCAGCAAUUUCUGGAACAUUACCUUGUUUAUACCGACGGUUCUAUGCUGGACGACAAAACAGCCUGCCCUUUUUGACCCUCAAACUGGCAACAAGGUAUGUUUUGAUAUCGAUAAUUUUCAU